AUGACGUCGAACCGACAAGCUCGAUUCAUCGAUCAGUACGAGGACUACUCGGCCAUCGACCUCGCGAUCCGCUACAGCCAGAUCGUCAAUACGCUCAAGUCGGAGCAGCAGGACAAUGUCGAGCUCAACGUGAUCAGGUGGCUCAUGUGGAGGAAGGACGCCGUCGCGGUCCCCCCCGAGCUCAAGUGCAAGGAGACGAGCGACAAGAACCAGCCUUGCAAGAAGCCGACCAUCAAAGGGAUGAUCCAGUACGGCCAGGUCCACGGCGAGGUCAUCUGGCUCAACGCGGUCAUCCACCACUGCCUCCGCUGCCUCAAGAACCGCAACCGCUGUUUUCUGCUCUUCAAGGACGCGGCCAACCCCAACAACAUAGCCACCGUCGACGCCGAUGGCAUCUCAAACGACGAGCUCGACGUCCCCAAGAGCGGCCUAUCGUUGGCUGAGGAGCCGGACUUCGACGAUCCAGCUCACUCGGAGCCGAUCUUUGGCUGGUCGCUCGAGGAGGUCAAGGAGUACGUCCGCCGCCUUCGCAAGCGCAUGGAGAAGCAGAUCAAGGCUGCUCCCGGUGGCGCCGACCUGGACAACGACCUCAACACCGCGGCCGGCAUCUCCGCCUUUGUCAAGGACAGGCGCGCCAAGCUCCGCCAGCUCUCCGACUGCGUCAAGGCCCUCACCGCGCAGACCAACGACCUCCUCGACGUGCUGUACAACCAGCGCAACGACAGCACCUCCCGCCUCACCGCCGAGAUCAUUGACAAGAAGCUCUACGAAGGCUUCGUCGAGGUCAGCAAGCAACAGAGCCUGGCGUCGGUGAUCCGCCUCGACGACAACCCCACCAAGGCCGUCGUCCUCCUGACCGACUCGGCCGACCACGACCGCCACGUCAGGCGACUCAUGAACAGGGGCGAGCGGCUUGCUUAG